AUGCAGCUGGGCCGAAUGGACACCGUCUGUGCCCAUUGUGGAGCGCUGCGCUGGCGUGCCGAGCCCGCAGGCGCCUGUUGCCAUCAGGGCAAGGUGCAGCUUGACUUCCAUCCCCCGCCGCCGGACGAGAUGGUGGAGCUGAUGACCCCCGGCACGGCGUUCUAUGACGAGUUUCGGGGCAAAAUUCGCGCUUACAACACGGCCUUCCAGCUGGCCAGUAUGGGGUGCAACGUCGUCCGACACGACGGGGCGUAUCACGCGGCUUUCACCGUUCAGGGUAGCGUGUGUCAUCGUAUGGGAUCUCUACUGCCCGCUCGCGGCGGCGAGGAGCAGUUCAUGCAGGUGUAUUUCCUCGACGCAGACGAGGCCACCGCGCGACGUGCCACCAUGUGUGGCGGCCUCGACAGAGCCGUUCUCGACAUCCUUUUGGGCAUGCUGCACGAGCACAACAACUACGUGCGUGCGCUCCAGCCGGCUCUGCUGAUGGCGCGCGGUGUGCCGAACUGCCGGAUCGUGUUGUCGGCCGAACACCGGCCGCUGUCGGAGCACGAGCGCCGGUUCAAUCUACCGAUCGGUCGCGAAGUGGCGGUCCUGAUGCCCAAUGAGAUGGGGGGCCGGCGCGACAUCGUCGUUCGCGAGCGCGGCGGACAACUGUUCCGCAUCGACGAACUGAGCCGCCAGUACGACCCGCUGCUCUAUGUGCUGCUGCACCCGCGCGGCACGGACGGGUGGUCGCUCGAGCUGAAGGCCGAGCGCGGCGUCACAAUCCGUCAGUAUGGUGCGUUCCACAUGCGCUUCCGACCGGGUCAUUUCAAUCUCAUUCCGCGAGGGGGCCGGCUGUUUCAACAGUACCUGGUGGACACUGAGGCAAAAGCUGAGUCGAGUCGUCUGUCGUAUGUGCGCGCGAACCAGGACGGCUUCAACGGCUUCCGCGCCGAGACCAUCCGCGGCGUGCGAGACGCGCUGGCUGACGGCGAGGAGCACGGCCGAGCCGUCGGACGGCGCGUGGUGCUGCCGGCAUCCGUAACGAGUAGUCCGCGCUUCAUGAUGGCCAAACUACAAGACGCUCUCUGCUACGUUCGAGACUUUGGCGCCGCCGACUUUUUCAUCACCGUGACGUGCAACCCGGCCUGGCCAGAGAUUGAGCAAACUCUGCGCACCCUCUACCCGGGAGAGAGGCCGGGCGACUACGAUCGGCCGUGCGACCACCCUGACGUUGUCAGUCAGGUGUUUGACCUCAAGCUGCAGGCGCUGCUGAAGCAGCUGCGGGGCGGCAUCCUGGGUCGACAGCGGGCCAUUCUGCACACGAUUGAGUGGCAGAAGCGUGGCCUGCCGCACGCUCACCUUCUGCUGUGGGUCGUGCCCGCCGACAAACCUCGCGCCGAAGACGUGGACACGUGCGUGUGCGCUGAGCUGCCAGAUCCCGAGACCGAUCCGGAACUGCACGCGAUCGUCUGCACCAAGAUGGUGCAUGGUCCGUGCGGCGCGCUGAACCCGCAGGCGGUCUGCAUGAAGGACGGCCGCUGUAGCGUCGGCUAUCCGCGCCCGUAUCUGGAGGCCACAGAGCUGCCAGAGCGCAGCUAUCCCAAGUACAGGCGGCGCGCGCCGGAGGACGGCGGUCAACGUGCGCGGACGCCCGGACGGCGCGGUGUGGAAAUCGACAACCGCUGGAUCGUUCCCUACAAUCCGCACAUCCUUCGCGCGCUGGACUCACACGUCAACGUCGAGCUGAUCACGCACGCGAUGGGAGCGAUCCGCUACUGCAUCAAGUACGUCACCAAGGGCUCGGAUAGGAUCAUGUUCGCCGUGCAGCCCGACGGCGUGGUUGACGAGGUGACCCAGUAUCAGAACAGCCGGUACCUGGGAUCCAUGGAGGCAGCGUGGCGGCUGCUCGACCGACCAGUCCACGUCCAUCAUCCGCCGGUCCAGCGGCUGCAGCUGCAUCUCGGUGACGACGAGAGACGUGUCGUGUUCCGCGGCGACGAAAACCUGGAAGCGGUCAUCGCGGGCGAGCAGGCUAAUCCAUCCAUGCUCACAGCCUUCUUUGAGCUGUGCCAGCGUGACGCGUUCGCGGCGACACUCCUCUACCCAGAGGUGCCGCGAUACUACACGUGGCAGGUGCGACGCGGCCGGGGCGCAGACGCCCGUCCGGCCCACUGGAAACGCCGCGUCCGUGGCCAGCCUCACCCCGAGGUGCCGGGCGUGGUUGCCUCUGAGACUCUGUCGCGCGUGUACACCACGACGCCGCGCGCGGGCGAAGUUUUCUUUCUUCGCCUGCUCCUUCACAGCGUCCGAGGUCCGCGCUCUUACGAGCACCUCCGCACGGUCGAUGGCCGCGUGUGUGCCACCAUGCGCGAGGCGUGCUCCGCACUGGGGCUGCUCGAGGACGGAGCGCACUGGGCGCGCGCACUGGAGGAGCGCACCGCUCGCGCGGCUGGCAGACGUGGUCUCACCGAGGACGAAGUGCGCCAGCAGGCGCUGCGGAAGAUCGCUGGCAUUCUCCGCCGGCUGCGCGGCAGAUCUCUGGCGGAGUACGGACUGCCGGUGCCGCCGGUGCCGGACGCCGCCGCCGCCGCCGAUGGCGACGACGACGAGCCGCCCGGCGGUCCCGAGUACGACCCGGCCGCUCUGGCCGAUCGCGUUGAGCGCGACGAGCCGCGUCUGACGGAUGACCAGCGCGCCGUCUAUGACGAGGUGCUGCGACGGCUGGACAAUGACGAGUCGGGUGUCAUCUUCCUGCAAGCUCCAGGCGGCUGCGGGAAGACGUUCUUGGAGAACCUGCUGCUGGCCAAGGUGCGCAGCCGGGGACACGUGGCAGUUGCAGUGGCCACAUCCGGCAUCGCAGCCAGCCUGUUGGAGGGCGGCACGACUGCCCAUCAUCGGUUCAAGAUCCCUCUGCAGCUGCAUCCUGACAACGAGAACGUCUGCGGCAUUGAUCGCCGCUCUCCCGAGGCCGACUACCUUCGCCGCUGUCGCCUCAUUGUAUGGGACGAAGCGGCCAUGACGAACCGGCGCGCCACUGAGGCGGUCGACCGGGCUCUCCAAGACGUCCGCGACAGGCAAGAGCUGUUUGGCGGCGUUCUGACGCUGCUCUCUGGCGACUGGAGACAGAUCCUGCCAGUGGUGAAGCGCGGCGGGCGCGCAGAGGUUGUUGACGCCUGCCUCAAGUCAUCGCCCAUGUGGCCUCGGAUCGACACCAUGGAGCUCGCGACCAACAUGCGGGCGUUGAACGGCGACGAUCAGGCCGGUGAGUUCGCCAACUUCCUGCUGCGCGUCGGCGACGGCCGGCUGCCCGUCGUGGCACAGCCGGACUCGGUGCAGGUGCCCGAGUUGGUGGUCAGUCCGGCGCGCAGUCUCGCCGCCUUGGUCGAUCGCAUUUUCCCUGACAUGGCCGGGCGACACCGUGAUGAAGAGUGGCUGCAUGAGCGCGCCAUCCUCUCGCCGCUAAAUGCGACCGUUGACAGGGCGAAUGAGGCCGCGCUGGCCCUUCUGCCCGGCGAAACAGUCACGUACGCUAGCGUCGACACCAUCAGUGACGACGACAACGAGGAUCACGGGCCUCCGGUGCCCACCGAGGUGCUCAACGCGAUCGACGUGUCGGGCAUGCCGUCGCAUCGACUUCAGGUCAAGGUCGGCGCCCCGGUCGUGUUGAUGCGCAACCUCGACGCUCCGCGCGUCGUGAACGGCACGCUGUGCACGGUGCUGCGCGCCGCGCCCAACGUGCUCGAGCUGCGAAUCGCCAGUGGAGUCGCGCGUGGCGAGACGCUGUUUUUGCCGCGCCUCCCUCUGGUG